AUGAGUGCCUUCCUCAAGAGGAAGGCAUUGGAGGAUGAUCUCGACGAGUCAAUGAUUGCUUUGGAGAUCAAAGGAGCAAAAGCCACCAAGCUCUUUGAAGGAUCUGACGAUGAGGAUGACGAACAGGAUGAGCCAGAUCAACAAUGGGAUGACAGCGAGUCUGAGGAUGAGUCAGAUGCACCGAGUCCCAAGAGGUUGAACUCCAAGAAGACGAACAAUACCAAACAAAAGACUACACUGCGUGAUUGA